AUGGCGGAGGCCCUCAGCAGCGAGCAGACCCAGCGAUCGCUGUGGCUGGGCGACCUGCCGCACUGGGUGGACGAGAGCCACUUGUUCAACAUUUUCGUGGUCACAGGACAAUUGGUCAGUGUCAAGCUGAUCCGUAAUCGGUCCUCGGGGCAGUCCGAGGGCUAUGCGUUCCUGGAGUUCAGGACGCACGAAGACCACUCCCUGUUUGUGGGGGACCUGGCCCCGGACGUCACCGACCUCAUCCUCCAAGAGUACUUUAGGCAAUUUUACUCGUCCGUGCGCAGCGCCAAGGUUAUCACCGACGCAGGCACGGGACGGUCCAAGGGCUACGGCUUCGUGCGCUUCCUAUCGGAGGAGCAGCGCGACGCGGCGCUGGAGGGCAUGGGCGGUCACUUCCUGUCCAACCGUCCCAUCCGCGUGCACUUGGCAACGGCAAAGAAGAACGCCAACGCCACGACGGCGAGCUCGCUGCAGGCGCCCCACCCCUCCGACUUUGACACCAGCAACACCACGCUCUUCAUCGGCGGCCUGUCCGGCGGCGUGACAGAGGACGAGCUGCGCGCUGUGUUCGGCCGCUUCGGCGACAUCAUCUACGUCAAGAUACCGGCGGGCAAGGGCUGCGGCUUCGUCCAGUUCGUGCUGCGCGCCUACGCGGGGGCCUUUGGCAUGCCCCCGGCCCUGCAGGCCUCCGCCGCGGCGCCGGGGUCCAACGCCGGCGCCUCGCUGGCCUCCGCGGGCUCCGGCCCGGCAGGGGACGCGCUGGGGCUGGGCGGCGGCGUCGCCUCCUCCGCCCCCGCCGUCCUGCACGGCUCCGGCAAGUCGCGAGGGGGCAGCCCGCAGAGCGCCCCUGGCGGCGAGGAGGGGCCGGGCAAGCCCGCGCCCUCCGGCAUCGACGUCGGCAAGAUCAGCGCCGCGUUCGGCGUCAAGCCCGGGCCCGCGGCCGCGCAGGCAGUGCGCGGCGGUGCCGGCGGCCUGGGCCCGGGCCUCUUCGCCUCCUUCCUGGGCUGA